AUGACCGCUGAAGAAGUAAACCUCGGAUUGUGUCAUGUACCAGAAUUAUUUCGUAAUCCGACGAACAUGCAGAUGGAGCUGGAAAUUUAUCCAAGCCCCGACACAAUAACUCAACCCAUCGUCAAAGAUCGAUACAAAAUAUCGAAAGAAGACCUUUGGACAGAGUACCAUCUUCCAGAAACCUUACAAUAUUUUCAAACAAAAGGACGUCCACAGGCUUUGCCAAAAUUCGCAUCAAGAAUGCAACGUGCUAUGAACGGGCGAAGAACCGUUUCGUGGGUCAAUCAGAAGAUCCUUUCGGCCCCGGCCAGUUAUAUGGUAGGCCAAAUCGCAAAAAAAUACGCGACUUUAGUCCUAGAAUUAAAUAAUGAGACAAAUAAAGAUUUAGGGAAUGAAGGACCGCUACUCCUGCAAAUGAAGACAAAUCCGUUCUUGGCAUCUGUCUCAGCUCCACGAUUGUUAGGAUAUGAGCGACUGUAUGAAGAUAGAAUCGCGCUAAGGAACUCCCCACAAAGAGGAGAAUUAGCAAGCGCGCGAGUUGAUAAGAUUUCCGGCAGGUAUUACCUGCCGGAAGCAUUUGAAAGGAUUGAAAGGGGAGGGUACCAAUUAGGCAACAACCGUUAUUGGAUUACGAAGAUUCGGGAUCCCAAAUACGAGACUACCAAUGGUAAUAUUCCUCAUAUGCUUCACACUCUGAAAGUUACUGACAGCGAACAACGUCAAGACUAUGAAACCUUACUAAACUCAUCAGCAAUUUUCGCUUUAGAACAUGUAAAGUUUAUAUUGUAG